UGUCAAAUUGUCAAUCAGCAAAACUCGUUUUGGCCCGGUCGAGCAGAUUGUUGUUUUCAUGUUAAAUUGUAAAAAGUACUUGAAUUAAUUCAAUAAUAACUACUUACAAACAUUCUACGACGAUGGAUUCAAUCGACGAUAUAGAAUUAAGUGACGAAGAAGAAGAAAUAACAGCAGACACGGUGUUAAAAACAUUGCAAAGUGCUUGGCAAAACGAACGUCUGGCGCCAGAAAUAUUACCACAUCACAACGACAUGGUGGAGUGUAUGCUUGGACAAAUACAACACAUGGAGAGGAACAUAAACAAACUCCCAAAGACUGAUCUGCGAGCUUCUAUCCAUAAAAUGGAGCUUAGCAGGAUAAAAUUUGUCAUAUGCAACUACCUUAGAACAAGACUAAACAAAAUUGAAAAGUACUGUAUUCAUAUUAUUAACGAAGAGAGGCAAAGGAUGGAGAGCGGCACAAAUUACCUGACACCAUCGGAAUUUAAAUAUGCACAAGAUUAUUUGCUAAACAUGGAGAAUCAUUUGAAGACUGUUGUGCUAGAUAAAAUGCCUGGCAACAUGCAGACGCUUGAAAUGAAUAAAAUGGCCAUUUACCCGAAUUUACAAACACAUGUAUUCUUGAAAGCCAAUGAUACAGUGACUGGUGUUGUGUUAGAGGACCUUGUUGGGGAUCAGGAUGAAGAAAUAGAUUUAGAAGAGGGAUCACAGCAUAUACUACAGUAUAAACCUAUAGCAGAUUUGGUAAAGAAUGGGAAAGUUCAACUUGUAUGACGAAGUAUGUUCCGUUGGCUAAAUCACAAACUUAUGGUGGUGUGUUCAUUUACCAUUAUUCAACUUAGAAUAAGUAUAAAGUUUUAAAAUGAACUAAGUAGUGCUCAUGCUAUGAAGUUGUUUUUAUGAAACUUUUUAAAUAAAAUGUGUCUGAAACUAAUGUUUUAUAAAACGUAAGUUUUCUUGUCUGAAACAGUUAAGUACAAUGUUUUUUUAACAAAAUAAUAUAAAUCUAUAUCAAUCAAA